UGCUUGCUCAUCAGAAAUUUACUUGUGAGAGACAACCCAAAAAAGAAUAUUAAAAAUUACUUAAGGGAACAUGGAAGUCGGCAAGAGACUGAAUGAGUGUAUAAAGAAGAAAAAAAAAAGUCUUUGGAUUAAGAAAGUAAGUCAUGUGCCAAAGCUUCCCGGUAGGACCCCCAAAAACACGAAACCGAUGAACGCCGCCGUUUCUUUCCGCUGACGUCAUGCUAACCGCCGGAUCCUUCCUCCCUACACGGUUGAGUCGCUUCGUCUUCUUCCUACUCUGUUCGCCUAUCCUUCUACCUCUUCUCUGCCUUUCCUUCCCUCUCCUCUGCGCCGUCGAGGUCUUCAGUGGCCUCCGCAGCCGAAUCGUGAAAUCGGCACCUUCCUCCGUCGUAACGGAAGUUCUCGCCGCCGAAGAAGAUGAUUUGCGGCGAUGCGAGGAAGGAUGCGGGGAACUCGAACUGGAAGAAGAUGAGAUCGAAGUGGCAUCCAAAUUUUGUUCUAAAUAACCACAAGAGGAACUGCUUGCUACACUUGGCUUGAAGUCCCUGAUGAGAUUGUGUUUAAGAUUCCGCUGAUAUAUGCUAAGCGAUAUUCAGAGGAGCAAUUAUAAGGAUCGAGCAAGAAGCAAUUAUAAGGAUUUAGCAAGAUGCAAUUACAGCAAUCAUUGUCAUACUCUUUUCUUAACAAUCUGCACUGGACACUUAAUUCCU